AUGAAAUUCUUCAUCAUCCUGCUGCUGGCCAGCUUAGCCUCCUCCUCUCUUGCUGUCCUGAAUGAACCAGAAGAUGAAAUCUACUUAGAGGCUCAGUUUAUAGAUGCUUCUGCCCAGAUUAUCCCCAGCAGCCUCCCUAGAAAAGACCAUGUCUCCAGUGAGGACAUUUCUAAGGAGCCUUCCAUCUCCAGAGAAGAGCUGGUUUCUGAAGAGGAUGUGAUCAAAUCUCCCAGGAUCCCAGAGAAUCGACAACCGGAUCUGCUUCACUCCGUGCUCCGGAAGGCCAGUUUCGGAAAUGCUGCCCUUCAGUUAGAAGAGACUACAGAACUCACUGCCAAGGCUGCAACCACCUCAGAGGGAAAACUGGCCAAGAUAGGCCAUAAAAUCGGAAAAAAUCUGGACAAAACAGUGAAAGAAACCAUGAACUAUCUGAAAAGCCUCCUCCCUCAUGCCUAUGAAGUCAUGAGGUCCUCAUGAUAAGGAUGCCCGUGGCCCACAGCACCCACACUCUGCUCAC